CAGUCCUAUCGCCGCGGGUAUUAGUCUCAGGGCGCGCUCUGUUCCUCUGGCGCCAUCUCUCUCUCUCACACACACACUUCCAACGAUCCUUCGGUUAGGGUUUAUAUCUCUCUCGGAAGCAAUAUUUAUUAAUUUUUGAUUCAUCGCCAUGGCUGAGUGGCAACAAUAUCUUCAAUCAAUAUUCUUAGGCUUCAUAUUUUCUUUCCUUCUCGCUAAGCUCUUCUCUGUAAUUUUCGCAUUCCGAGAAGAAAAUCUCCGCAUUGUUCGCAGCGAUUCGUUCCAAACCGAACCAAAGGGCUCAAAAAGCGAGGUCAAACCCGUUCUCGAAGAUUCGGAUAUUCGAAAUCAAGCGGAUACCUCUAGGGUUUUUGAAGAGACUGUGCCAUUGGUUGGUGGAAGAGGCGAUCAGAGUUCGGUGAUUGGUGCUGGCGAUGAUUAUGAUGAUAGUGACGAUGAUUGGGAAGGGGUUGAGAGUACUGAACUUGAUGAGGCAUUCAGUGCUGCUACGGCGUUUGUGGCCGCCACCGCCGCUGAUCGGGCAUCGCAGAAAGUGUCUCAAGAUGUGCAAUUACAGCUUUAUGGAUUUUAUAAGAUUGCCACCGAGGGUCCGUGUACUACACCUCAGCCCUCGGCCCUCAAAAUGACCGCACGCGCCAAGUGGCAAGCAUGGCAGAGAUUGGGUGCUAUUCCCCCGGAAGAAGCAAUGCAGAGGUAUAUUGCAAUUGUGACGGAGUUAUAUCCUUCUUGGGCUGUUGGUUCAACUACUAAGAGAAAAGGUGAAGGUAGUAGUGAUGUAGCAAGUGCAGAUACUAAAGGACCUAUGGGACCUGUAUUCAGCACCUUUGUUUAUGAGGAGGAAUCUGGAAAUGAUUUAAAAUUGGAUGCCAUACAUGCCUUUGCAAGGGAAGGAGAUCUGGAGAAUCUGCUUAAAUGUGUGGAAAGCGGUGUUUCAGUGGAUCAAAAAGAUAGUGAGGGUAGGACACCAUUGCAUUGGGCUGUAGAUCGCGGUCAUCUUAACAUCACAGAAUUGCUUGUAAGCCAGAGUGCUGAUGUGAAUGCAAAGGACAAUGAAGGCCAAACACCAUUGCAUUAUGCUACUGUUUGUGAGAGAGAAGCUAUUGCUGAGUUCCUUGUGAAGCAAAAUGCUGACGCAGAUAUAAAGGACAAUGACGGCAACUCUCCUAGUGAUCUUUGUGAGCUGAACUGGCCUUGGAUGCAACAUGUGGCGGCCAGUCUGACCAAUGAUUAAUAUUUGAGUUGCUCUCCCAACUAAUGUAAUCUUUGAUGAUAUCUGCUGGAUGUACAUGACAAAUUACACUCUAGCUUUCCCCCAACUUAUCAUAUAUUUAGAUGGGUAAUCGUUUUUAUCCGCACUUGAUGGUUGAAUUCAGAUGGUGAAAUAGAAUACAUUUGAUAUACGAAAGUGACCCUUAGAGUGUCAUUUCUGUUUUGCUCCUCUAAUUAUUCUGAAUGUGUAUUGUGCAAAAAUUUUAGUUCAGAAUUGGGGCUAUUCUUAAUGGUAUAAUAAUUGUUACAAUGCAA